CUUCUUCGAGACUAGCCUGUAAUACGAGGUUUUUAGACCGCAGUUUUUCUUGGUUUUAAAAAGAAGUGAUAUCAUCAAUGAUAUGGUUCUACUCGUAAUCCAUAGCUUAAAAGAUAUGCUUUCGGCUACGUACACAAGGUACUAAACAUGUAUAGCUAAGAUUUGUAAUCUGAAGUAUAGAAAAUAUAGCAACACCAGAAGCUCUUCAGAUCUUUGUAUUUACAAAUUAUUCAAUAAUUAUAUUUUCUUUGUAGGCUAUGGAGCAAUCAUUUCAAUGUUCUGUCUGUAAGACUUCUUAUUCAGAAUCCCGAUAUCUAUUGGAACAUUUUGAGAGCUUAGAGCAUGCUGAUAGCAUACGAAAAAAUUCAAAAGAAGCAGAUGAUAAAAAUGUAGUUUUAAAUGAGCAAUACCUCUCAGAAACUGAUAAUGGAAUUCCUGAUCGCGAUGAUCGAAUCAUAGCAGAUGACCAAAAGCCUAUUUUUCCACAAACCAUUCCCUCACAGUUGUGCAAAACAUCUUCAACUGCUUACUAUUCUUUCUGUGACAUUUGCCAGAAGCAUUUUAGUGGCCUGGAACCUUACCAACAACAUAUUGUGAGCGUAGCGCAUAUGAAAAAAAGUCUUCUUCAGAAAUGCUCGCUGGGUAGUAAUACGUCAUCAAAGGGUAAUACAAAUGUUCUGACCUGUGAAAUUUGUAACAAAAACUUCUCUGGCCCAGUUCCAUAUCAACAACAUUUGAACAGUGAAGUACACAAGAAGAAGCUGAAUUCUCAACUUUUACUCGAGAAACUGAAUGACACGCCAGAAAAUAAAUGUGACAAUAUUGCAAAAGAUUUGCAAGGCAGCAGUUUGCCCAAUUCAUUGGAUGUGUCCAGUAGUGAAGAUUCAAAUGUUAAUGAUUUGAAUAAGCUAACCGAAGUAAAUAAUGAUGCUUUGAAAAAUGAUAUAGCGAAACUGUUGUAUGUCCCAAAUGGUAUUGUAUUACAUGUCAUAAACAAUGUUCAGGUCCUAUCCCAUAUGAACAACACAUGUCCAGUGAACUUCACCGCAAAAAUAUGAAGAACUGAAGAUCAAUCUUGGAUAAUCAAAACCCAGGAUAAUGAAAUACCAACCCUGGAUUUAUCGCAAAAAAUUCCUGAACGAGAAAAAAGUAAUGAUUAUAAAGAAAAUUCAAAUUUGCAAGAUUCAAACACCUUAAUCUCUCCCAGUUGGUAUUGUAAUAUAUGUCAAAAGCAGUGCACUGGACCUGUUCCUUUUCAGCAACAUAUGUCUAGCAAUGUUCAUCGUAAAAACCAGUUGAAGGCUGAAAUAAUAGCUCAGUUACAAGCACUUCAAGGUAAACACACUGAAACAAGUAAAACUGACUCAUCUUCUUGUCAGCCUGAAAGCAAUUUCACAGCGAAAUUAAGUUCUCCUUAUCAGCAAGGAGUUGCUACGGAAAAAGUUCCUAUGAACUUGGAAAAGAAAACUGAGAAUAUUGUUUCUCCAAGUACGUCAUCGAUCCAAUCAGAAUAUCCCAUUGAUGAUCAUUCGUUGCAGAAUGUAGAUGCAUUAGCAUCAAAGAAUUCUGAUACGUGUACUUCGAAUGAUAAUUUAAAUUUGGAUAAUCAAGAAAAAAAUAACUGUCAGAAAGAUAUAAGUCGCGCUAUUUUACCUAAUGAUACAGGAAUGAAGGAGAAUAAAAUAAUCAAUAGCAUGAAUUUUACAGUAUAAGAUACCGAUGAGAAAAGCAAUUCCAGAAAUGAAUCAAGAAAGGACUGAAUGAAAACAGGCAAGGAAUCGAAAACAACUACGUUUAAAAAACAAAAAAAAUUUAUGAAGAAAAUAAUGAUUACAUUAUAAAGAUGCACUAUUUGUAAGGAACGUUAGACAUUAUGAAAACAAAGCAUGAUUAAAAAAUUUACACUAUUAAUUUUUGAUAAUAAAGUCUGAUUGUAAAGAAA